GAAAAAGAAGAACUGAAAAGCAAACCUUUUGAAGUGAUAAGCUGUUGAGGAAGCUCUAGAGCAAGAUAAACAUAACAUGCGGUUUAAGGUUUCUGUACUCCUCCCCUUGUUGGCAAGCUUUAACAGAACUCGUUGACAGCCUUUCUUCAGUUUUAGUCAGACAGAAGAAGAAAUGGAUCUCCUGAUGUUUUCAGCAACUACAUGGACCUUAGUGGCUCUCGUUGUCACCUUGUUGUUACUGUAUGGAAUCUGGCCAUACAGGUUUUUCAAACAGCUGGGCAUAUCCGGACCGAGGCCCCUGCCUUUUAUUGGCACAGUGAUGGGUUCCAAAAAGGGACUCAACUUUGACCGUGAGUGCCAGUCCAAGUAUGGGGAUGUCUGGGGUUUGUUUGAGGGGCGCACCCCAUUGUUGAUGGUUGCAGACCCCGAGAUGCUAAAAACCAUCUUGGUGAAGGAAUGCUACACAGCGUUCACAAACCGGAGGAUUUUCUUUGAAGACAACGGACCUCUGAAAGAUUCAAUCCUAGCAGUGAAAGAUGAAAGGUGGAAACGAAUUCGCAGCACAGUAUCUCUGUGUUUCACCAGCGAAAGACUGAAACAGGUUUUUCCCUUGGUUGUUGACUUUGCUGACAGAUUCGUCACAAAACUUGGAAAAAUGAAGCUGGAUGAGCCCAUUAAUGUCAAACAAUUUGUUGCACCGUUCAGUUUGGAUGUGGUGACCAGUGCUUCCUUCAGCAUGGAGAUGGACUCUAUUAACAACCCAGAUAACCCUGUUAAAGCUCACAUGCAAAAGCUUUUGAAAAUCAAAUUUUGGCUAUUACUUUUCCGUUCGGUCUUUCCAUUUGGUCGUCAACUGCUGAAGCUUUUCAAAGUUGAGUUUAUGCCCCGAUCCAGUUUGGACUUCUUCUACAACACCAUAAAGAAAUUCAAAGACAAACAUAAUGAAGAGGCAAUGACUCAUGGAGACUUCCUGGAGGUGAUGAUCCAGAGUGAGAUCCCGGAAACUGACAUAAAAGAUUGCCAUAAGGAACCAAGCAAAGGUUUGACUGAGCACGAGAUGCUUUCUCAGGCCUUGAUCUUCAUCUAUGCUGGCUUCGAGACAACCACCACAACCCUGACCUUCCUCCUUUAUAAUCUGGCCCUCAACCCUGCUGUGAUGCAGAAGCUGCAAAGAGAAAUAGAUGACAGCGUGCGGGAUGCUACCUCCAUUUCCUACGAAGACCUGAAUAAUCUGGAGUACCUGGACCAGGUUCUUUGUGAGUCACAGCGUCUGAUUCCUUCUUUAUGCCGACUUGAGAGGACUUGCAAAAAGACGGUGGAGAUCAACGGCCUUACCAUCCCUGACGGAACGUUAGUUGCUAUUCCAUUACAUUUAUUGCACAGGGACCCACGCUACUGGAGCUCUCCUGAACUUUUCAAACCAGAGAGGUUCAGCAAAGAGAAUGAGAAGGAUCUGAACCCCUACGCAUACAUGCCCUUCGGCCUCGGCCCUCGUAACUGCGUUGGGAUGCAAUAUGCAAUCCUGGUCAUGAAGAUGCUGACUGUGCGCAUCCUGCAGAGUUACACUGUUGAAACAUGCAGAGACACCGUGAUCCCAAUUGAGUUUGACUGGAAGUAUCAACCGACCAAGCCUGUGAUGCUGAAGUUUGUUCCCAGAAAACUAUGAGGGAUCACAGGCCAUGUGUAAUUAACUGUAAGAUUGAAUAUGUUGGACGGUUAUGUGAAAGACCAACACAAAUCGGUGCAUAAAUGUGCAGAGGGGGUAAAGAAUAAAAGGUUUUGACCUUGUUUUAACAAUAGAAGUCUGAAGUGGGGAAAACGUUGCUUUUCAGCUGUCUUAAGCAAAUGUGACCAUAAACGUUUACUCAU